AUGAAACACGUGGAGAAACACCUGAAGGAGGCGAAGUUUCAGUGUGGUCUGUGUGGAGACCGUCUGGACUCUGGUGACCAGCUAAGACUGCACCUUCAGGGUCACCGGGACAGCAGCAGGACCUGCGACAUCUGCGGGAAAAAGUUUCCUUCAAUCCGAGCGCAGGAGACACACCUAAGGCUGCACACCGGAGAGAAACCCUUUAGCUGCACUGUCUGUGGGAAAGGCUUCAACCAGAAGGGCAACAUGGUGACCCACCAGAGGAUCCACACGGCAGAGAAACCCUUCAGCUGCUCCGUGUGUCGGAAAGAGUUCAGCCACACCGGCUCUCUGGAGCGACACAUGAAGGCCCAUGAUGGACAGACGUCAUUCAGCUGCGAAUCCUGUGGCCGAGGUUUCAGCAAGAGUGCCGAGCUGAGAAGACAUGUUCUCAGCCAUAAGACCGAGGAACUUCCAGCCGUCAAGAACCAAUGCAGGAAACCCAGUCUGACCCCGUCUCACUGCUGCACCGUCUGCGGGAGCGCCUUUCACAAUAAGGGGAACUUUGUUCGGCACGCAGAGACUCACUUAGACGAUCCGGAGUGUCGCUGCGGUGUCUGUGGGGAGACGUCCGAGUCCUCCGAGAGGCUCCAGCUCCACAUUCAGGGCCACAGAGAGACCAGCCGGAUCUGCGUCAUCUGUGGGAUCAGCUUCAGGGACAUGGAGAUCCACAUGAGGAUGCACACAGGCCAAAAACCCUUCAGGUGUAAAGACUGUGGGAAGGACUUCCCCAGGAAGGGUUCGCUGGAGCGACACAUGAAGCUUCACGCCGGAGAGAGACCAUACAUCUGCGAGUUCUGCGGGAAGACCUUCAUCGAAAACACUGUCCUGAGGAGACACAUCAAGAGCCACACGGGAGGGAAGCCUCGCAUCUACUCCUGCGACGUCUGUGGCAAGAAGUUCACCAUGAGUCAGCAUCUCGACGUGCACAAGAGGAUCCACACCGGGGAGAAACCCUACACAUGCAGGGAGUGCGGUAAAAACUUCAGACAAAUUGGAAACCUUGACUCUCACAUGCGGAUCCACACGGGUGAGAAACCGUUCAUCUGCAGCCUGUGUGGGAAGAGGUUUCGCCAGAAGAUCUCCCUUGAGACCCACGAGAGGUUCCACAAGAAGGAGAAACCGUUUAGCUGUCAGCUGUGCAGUAAGGGCUUCGUUCAGAAGAUCGACCUGAAGAGACACAUGCUGACCCACACCGGGGAGAAACCUUACAGCUGCAGCAUCUGCGGGAAGAGCUACCAGGAGAAACGCUCAGUGGAUUCGCACAUGAAGGUCCACUCUGGAGAACAGACCCCUAAAGACACAGGCGGGACCCCAAAUCUGAAACAGCAGGAGGGGGGGCAGAUGGACUUCAUCCAGCUCUAG